GAAGGAAAUACAUCCCAUAUCUACUAAAAUGAAGACAUCAACAAGCACCUUAGCUAUCCUGGUUCUGGCCAGUAGCUGCAUUAUUAAUUCCGUCAGCGCAUUCGUUGCUCCCGAGAAGGCUUUCGAUAAAGAUUUCAUGCUGAACAAGCCACAGCUCACUGGACCCGGUGGAGGUUUGAAGUUUUCGGUGGGCGACAACGAUAUGCCUACGUCAUUGGGAGGGGGCGCUAAAGGAAACUGGCCCGAUAUCAAUGGUGUGGGCAUGAGCACAGUUGCUUUCCGUCUCGAAAAAUGCGGCGCGGUCGCGCCUCAUGUGCAUGCUGGCGCAACAGAGUUUCAAACAGUAGUCAAGGGACAGGGUAUUAUCGGAACUUACGGUGUAGGAGAUAACAAGUUGACCUUACAACACGUCGUCGUGGGAAACACGUUUUUCUUCCCAAGUGGCAGCUUGCACUUCCAAAUCAACUCCGGCACGGGUCCGUUUGUUUCUGUAGGAGCAUUUGAUGCUUCUCAGCCCACUGCUGCUUUGGUGAUCGGUUACGUGGACCAAUUGGGAGACGCUGGCAAGGCUCUAGGACUGGACACGGAUUCUAGUAAGGAUACCGAAGGCCUUGACGGUGUCUUCCCACAAUUUACAAUGUCUAAUUGUGCGGAUAUCGUAGAGUCACUAAUGGGUAUGAUGUAAGCUUUCGCAGCAGCUAUAGAGAGUCCACAUAGUAAGAUGUAACGGGAAAGGAUGAACGUUGGGGACCCGAUCUACAAUCUUAAUCAAGUAACCAGUAAAAAGGUUACAUAGACAUAUUUUAUGUAGGCCACCCACCUACGUUGGUUCAAUAACCAUUUGGGUAUCAAAUAAAUUUGUUAGCCCA